AGCUCCAAAGAUUAGACCAGAAAGGACAAUAUCUUGACAAUUGAGCUGAGCCAUUGGGUUAAUUUGAUUCCAAUGGAUGAUUUUUGUUGUACUAGUAACUUCAUGGUAUUUGUUAUUUUCUUAGCUUUACAGUUGCAUAACAGCAGUGAAGCAUUUGGGACAUUCAGGUUUGAUAUACACCACAGGUAUUCUGAUCCAGUAAAAGGUAUUUUAGAGCUUCCCUGGUUGCCUAAAAAAGGUAGUAUUCAGUAUUAUUCAGCUUGGACACAACGUGAUCGCCAUAUCAACAGGCACCGGCUUACCAGCACCAUUGAUACUACUCCCAACAGUCGCCGUCUUACCAGCGCCAUUAAUCCUACUCCGCUACCUCUCACGUUCGCCGGAGGAGGAAACAAAACAGUCCUACUCAGUUCUUUGGGAUUUUUGCAUUAUGCAAAUGUGACAGUGGGCACACCUGGGCUAUCAUUUCUGGUGGCACUUGACACUGGCAGUGACUUGUUUUGGCUACCAUGCAACUGCAACAACUGCGCUCAAACACUCCUGACAGGUUCUGGAAGACCAAUAGACCUUAACAUUUACAGCCCGAAUACAUCAUCAACAAGCAAAAUUGUUCCCUGCAGUGGCACUCUAUGUGCGCAAGGAAGACAGUGUUCAGUGGCACAAAGUGCAUGUGCUUAUAGAGUUGCAUAUCUCUCCCAUAAUACCUCAUCUUCUGGGGUACUGGUCGAAGACAUCUUGCACUUACAAACAGAUAGUACUCAACAAAAGGCUGUUGAGGCACCAAUCACAUUCGGGUGUGGAAUGAAACAAACUGGUGCUUUUUUGAAUGGUGCUGCACCCAAUGGUCUAUUUGGACUCAGUAUGGGCAAUAUAUCUGUUCCUAGCGUCUUAGCCAACAAAGGUCUUGCUGCGAAUUCUUUUUCUCUGUGUUUUGGAGCUGACGGUAUUGGAAGAAUAGAUUUUGGAGACAAAGGAAGUCUGGACCAAGGAGAGACACCAUUCAAUCUUGAACAGACACACCAAACUUAUAACAUUAGCUUGACGGGAAUUACUGUGGGAAACAAGAAUGUUGAUGUUGAUUUCACAGCCAUAUUUGACUCUGGCACCUCAUUCACAUACUUAAAUGAUCCUGCUUACAAAGUCAUUACAGAGAAUUAUAAUUCUCAGGCACAAGAGCUACGUAUUCAGCCUAUGGUCCAAGUUCCAUUUGAGUACUGCUAUGGGCUUAGGGCAAAUCAAACUAACUUUCAAAUUCUUGAUGUAAAUUUGAUGAUGAAAGGUGGCAACCAGUUUUAUCUUUUUGAUCCAAUUAUAACAUUGUCCCUUCCGGACGGUUCCACAGCAUAUUGUUUAGCUGUUGUCAAAAGUGGGGAUGUCAAUAUCAUUGGACAAAACUUUAUGACCGGCUAUCAGGUAGUUUUUGACCGAGAAAAGAUGGUUUUGGGAUGGAAGCCAUCCAAUUGUUAUGAUUCUAAAGAAUCCAAAAGUAGAACUACUCUCCCUGUUAACAAGCAAAGGCCUACUGAAGGGUCUGAUCCUACCAGUGGGCUGCCAGAAGACACCAGAGAAAAUGGAAAUGAUAUCAUUAGGUCGACACCAGAUUUUACAGCAUCAACAUCUGCGGGCAACUAUGUAACAAAGAGCUUGACAUUCUUUUGCCAACUUGUAGUGGUUCUGUUUUUCCUUUAUAGCCAUUAUUUGAUUAUUUAAUAAUUAUUUCUUCAUAAGUUCUUUAUUCUUGUAUAUAGUGAGCUCUGUGUACGUGGUGCUAUAGUAACUUGAAAAAGUAAAAAAAAAAUCAUUUUUCCCAUA